CCUAGGAAGCUGCGUCAUGACGGAGACGCCGUGUGAAGCGUGAUCUGAGGCGCUGAUCUCGCGGCUGCUUCUGUCUGAGUGUUUAGGAGUUAAGUGUCUAGUGUUUAAGGCUGUUGUGGACAUGGCAGAUGCCCGAGUGCUGGGAGUCUUCCAGGAGCGAGUGAAGUCUCUGCUCGGCUCGUUACUGGAGGUGCUGCUGCUGGAGAUAACAGAGGCGUUCAGAGAGAGUUUGUGCAGGAGCCACUGUGAACGGUGUGCCAGUGACUGGCCUGAGAGCAGGAACGUGAAGGACAGAGUCAUGUCUGGAGAUUCGCAGCCGAUGAUGAGCUCUCAGUGCAGUGAGCCGGUCAAUGAACCUGAGGAGCUGGAAUCAGACGCCCAGAAAAACCCCAGUCCGCAUCCAGCGCAGGAGACGCCGCCUGUCUCAACAGAUCCGCCAGAACGGGAAGAAACACAGUUAGCCGUUGCAGAAGAUAAAAUUACACAAACUACCUUAUCCGUGAGCGACAACAAAAUGCAGACGUUUCCCAGCGUUUCUGAAGAAUAUCCGCCGGAAGCAUCGAGCACGAAUGAACCAGAGCUGAAACCAGACGUUAAACAGGAAUACGAAGACGUAGCAGUGACGACUGCAGAAGACGAAUGGGAAAUCAGACGUCUCGAGGAGACGCAAGCGUGCCAGACUUCAAGUGAAAGCGCCGGAGCUCAGCUGAAGCCUGAGAAGAAUGAGCUUCAUGAACCAGAAGAGUCUUUCCAGCCGUGUCCUCACUGGAGCCCGUCUUCCUCCGGCGGGUAUUUCAGCUCCGUGCGGAGCCAGAUUACACAGAGCUGUCUUGUAAACGCAACAUCAACAGAAAGGCUCGGACCUUUACAGAAGCAGGAGGACUUCGAUCCGCCCGAUGCUCCUUUAAGACCCUGCUCUGUGCGCCUCCAGAGGGCUGAGAUACUGCAGAGAGCCAUCAGCCGGUUCCACGUUUGCAGCGUCUGUGAUAAGAUCUUCAUGUACAGACGAACCUUGAGGAGACACCGGCGCUUCCACACGGGCGAGAGACCCCACGGCUGCUCGCUGUGCUCCAGAGCCUUCAUCCUGCGCAGGACGCUGCGGCAGCACCAGAGAGCUCACUUCAGGAGGCCCUACAGCUGCACGCAGUGCGGGAAGAGGUUCAGACACUGGAGGAAGCUGCGGCUGCACUGGCGCUCUCACGCCGGAGAGAGUCCCUUCAUCUGCAGCCGCUGCGGCAAACACUGCAGGACUCUGAAGAGCCUCGACCGCCACCUGGCUUACGUCGACCACGACUGAGAGAGCAAGCGUUCAUUAAAACAGAUUCAGAUCUAAUGGCUGUUUCCCACGAGAUUCAGGUGCACGCUUCACUGUGCACUUACGUAUUGCAGUUUGUGUUGGUGAAUAGUGUGCUAUUGUAACAUUUCUUGUCUCAAACAUGCAUUAAAUAAACUGAGUCGUAUGUGUUCUUUAUGACUGCUAAUGAUUUCCUUGAAAUGACAAGUGACGGAAACGUACAGUCAGUACAUAAUAUGACCUUUCUUUCUUUCUUUCUUUGAGCCCUUAGAAUAAAAAAUAA